AUGGAAGCCCAUCGGAGACGCGCUUCGAUUGACCCUGCUACGGUCGAGUCUAUUUUGACGUCAGGAGAACCUACCCAGCCGGCCGCUCCGCCGAGUCCUCAUGUUGGCAAUUCGCCCAACAGAGCUACUUUUGCUAUGGAUCCCCCUCCUCGGCCGCCUAUGAGCCAUCCUCGACCUUUAUCCUAUACGCCACGACGACCCAAUCGACUAUCACUAAGUUUCCCUAUUGCCACCAGUGUGAACAGCAACGAGUCCGCAAGACAUACGCCCACCUCGUCCAACGCGACAUCAUUUCCUCCAACGCCAGCCGAGAUGAUGCCGGCUCCUUCACCAGCUGACCCGAGUGGCUUCUUAGUCGCUCUGGCCGGACAAGAACGCAGGGUGCUGGAACUGAAAGAGGAGCUUCAGAAGGCGGAGGUAGACCUGGCGAAGCUGAAAAAGCAAUGGGCAAUCCAUGAAGCCCAUAAGAAGAAAGCAGAAAUUAGACACUCCGAACCGCUACGGCCAGUACAGAGAGUGGCCGCGGAAGGUGGCAGCGCCGACAGAGAGGGCGCGGCGGCUGUGACUCGGGAGAGCGCCGAGAUCGACAGGAGGAAAUCUCUCCUCACUAGUAUUAGUAUCCCCAAGGAAUCGAGGAGGAAGGUCAUCACGGGAGGGCACACCCGGACUUUGUCGCUCCUAUCUCCCGAACGGUCGAAUUAUCCACGCCCCUUCCCACCAAUGCGGGAAUCCAGUAGCGAAAGGCAUUCAGAUUCAUUCACUCGGAGCACUACAAUGCCCGAUACGAGCGAAGGCAUCACCAGGAUAUCGUCACGUCGCCCGAGACCUCUCUCCUACCAAGGGGGCGUGACCCACGGGGCGAAACAAAUCGCCGAAGACGUCAAAGCGGGACUGUGGACAUUUUUGGAAGACCUUCGCCAAGCUACCGUGGGUGAUGAAGCCGUGAAUGGCACGACAAACCGACCCAGUUUCAACGAUCCAGUUAAGAGCACCAGCAGAAGCAACCUACGCAGCCUCGACCAAAGCAAGAGGAUGCCCUCUCCCGAAGCGGUCUCAUCUCGGACGUGGGACUCGCUGACGGGAACUACUGGAUUUCUCGAUGUAACUGGCACGAUUUCAGACUCGGACCAGAAUCGUCCUACAGCAAAAACGCCAGCAAAGAAAAAGGCUUCGAAGUCCAUAUCUUUGGCUGCAUCCGCGAUCGAUGAUCUUGAUGAUGAUUGGGCACAUUGGGAUUCUCCGACUCCUAAGAGUCCAAGGUGGAGCAGCAGCACCGCAGUUUCUGAUCCUGCUGAUCCUGCUACACCUUCGAAUGGCGCCAUGGAAGAUCGUGCUAUCAACAUUGUCGAUGCUUCAAACGACGGUAUGAGCACGCCCUCUAGACGUGAGGAGAUGCCGUGGCCAGCUUUGGAUAAACUGACGCCCGGGAAUUUGAGGCGCACUGUCACAACUAUCAUGAACGACUGGGAGAAGAGUCUCACCCCUCCCCCAGAAGAAAGCAAUGAUGCCUCGACCGAGUCAACUAGCUCAACAAAUAUUAGCAACUCAGACUCGAAGCCGGAUCAACCAGGUCAAAGCCAGAUUCCACACGAAGAGGCUUUGCUCCUGUCCUCAUAA